AUAAGACAUAACCUCAUAGAUUGGCAGCAGCAAAAAAAAACUCGUAUAUAUAAUGAAUAGCAGUAAAUAAAAAACUUUCCUACAUGCUAAGUUUUCUUAUCCACAUAAUCAGCCCUCCUUAAAUAGGCGUUCGUAAAUUAGUUGCGUUUGAGAUGUUGGAUGGUUGGUAUUGUCGGUCAAUCGCGAAUGAGGCCGCUGCGGCGGAGGAAGAAGAGCAAGCGCUCGAAGAGUCGAAGUUUAAGAAGGAAUAUAAAUACUUGAAACGUAAAUUCCAAAACCUUAUUUAUGAAAACGAAGCCUUUCAACAAGCUUUGCGUACGGCGCAAAAGAGGCUGCUGGCCGUCACGAGAGAUCGGUCUUUUUUGCUGGAUAGACUACUGAUGCACGAAAAGCUUGAUCAUUCCACUUCCGAGUCGGAAGAAACCGAGUCUUCGGACGACGGCGAGGUAGUCAAGGCUGAGCUACCCGCCAAGAAGAAGAAGGCAGAAGUUUAUCACAAUUCUUCGCAGCACCACCUUGGCGCUGGGAAAGUCAUGGCAAUCAAGAAGAAGAGAUCGGCUGCUCCAAAACACUCGAAACUCCUUCACCAAUCAAUGCAAUUACAUGUGCCCGCGACGGCAGCGAACGUCUUGUCUGAUGGUCACAUGACCCCUGAAGAGGUCGAGCGUCACUUGCAGUCGCAGAGCUUCCUUGAUCUGGUGCCGGAAAGGGCGCCCCCUACCGUGCCGACUGAGAUGUUCAGUAACGAGCCGUCGCUGGACAGCGAGUCCAACGAUAUGAUUGGCGAGCUGGAAACGUCACCCAGUAAUGUCGAAGAGGAAAUUAGUAUUGACAUGCUGCCCGAAUAAUAAUAAACAGAGUUUAAUUCCGUAACAAACCUUGUACCUUAUGUGGAUUGUCCAAAAAUUAAAUCUUAGAAUUAAAGUGCCUAAAACUGGACCAAUUUAAAUAAACCGUCAUAUUUUUUUCUUUUCCAC